AUGAUUCGAAAUGUGAUCGAAGAUCAAGGAAAAGUGGUUUUCAUCUGUCUCAUCACAGUUCUAUUCUCAAUUCUUCCCGUUGGAUAUUAUAUUGUUUUGUUGAAUGUUCCAGAAAAGGUUAUUCAAAACUUUAUAUUUGAUAAUUUCGAAAAUAUAUUCGGGUUGAAAUUAAGUCCAACCGAGGAGAGUUUGGUUUGGUCUCUUACAGUAUCCUCCCAAGGAGUGGGCGCUCUAAUUGGAUGUCUAAUGGUCGGACCAAUUUCUAAAUAUGGAGCGAAACACGUGUUAAUGCGAUGGAAUAACGUCAUUCUGAUUGCCGGCUCACUUCUCAUGUUUGUGUCCUAUUGGAUUUCGUUUCCAAUUGCGUUUAUAAUUGGACGGAUUUUGACGGGAGUCUACACGGGGUUGGCAUGUGCCUUCGCUCCGCUAUAUCUUCAGCAAGUGAUUCCAAAAAAUAUCAAGGGAUCGAUGAGUUGCUUCUUGCAUAUUGCAGUGUGUUUUGGGUCUUCAAUUGGAGCAGUUUUCUCACUUCCUUUCAUGUUCGGUGACGAGGACACGUGGCCGAUUCUGGUGGUGUUGCCAGCGUUUUUUGGAUUCGUAAUGUUGGGUGCCUCAUAUUUCAUCCCUGACACUCCAAACAAUCUCCUUCAAAUGGGAAGAUACACUGAAGCGAUUGAGAGUAUCAAAUUCUACUAUGAUAUCGAAGAUAGUGAUGAGGAUGAAAUAAUAAAAGAGUAUUGGGAUAUGGUACCGGAGAUGCCCGAACAACUCUCCCUCUGCUCAGCCUUCAUGAAUUCCUCUAUCCGACGUGGAAUUCUACUUGGAAUGGUUGUUAGUGCAACUCAAAUAUUCUCUGGAAGCAUGGUCUCUAUUUCCUAUUCUACAGAAAUGUUCCGAGCAGUGUCUUUCAUAGAUAUUCUUGUUCCAUUCCUUCCCGCCCUUGGCUCAAUCAUCUCGAUUCUCCUAACCAUCCCUGCUCUCCGUUGGGUGGAAACUCGUGGAAGACGACCCCUUCUUUUGAAAACUUUAAUGUUUUGUAUUGCUGCAAACGUAUUUUUACUCAUUUUCACAUUGAUGUCAUCUGAAAGAACUGGAUGGGCAUCAUGGGGAUUCGCUGCCGCUUUCUUUAUGUAUGGAGUCGGUUAUAAUUUGGGAGUUGGACCAGUUGCCUACUUUUUACCUGCAGAAUUAGUACCUCCAGAAGCUGCAAGUGCUAGUUUGGGGGCGGCUGUGGCAGUCAAUUGGAUAUGUACAAUCACUACAACCCUGUUUUACUAUCCGCUGAGCAAGUUAGUAGGAGGAUGGAGCUAUCUGAUAUUUAUUAUUCCAACUUCCUUAUUCUCAAUGAUUCUGUGGAGAUUACUUCCGGAGACAAAAUUCCAUUAUAAGGACUCUGAUUUACAGAUUGAUCCUCUGGAAAUCCGACUUCUCACUGAUCUCGGACCGUCGAUAGCUCCAAAUUAUGGAACUCUCGAUUUGGAUGAACCGACUUUGUUUUAA